AGGACUACUGACCUCUAUGGAGUUGAUAUUUUUGAUACACACAAUGCUUACAAGAUGUCUCUAGUCUGCAAAAAAGAGAGAGAGAAAAAACCGGUGACGCUGUAAAAUAACGAUUCAAAGUGACGGAGCAUGAGUUGUUAAGGUUAAACACUUGUAAAUGUUAUAAAAUUGACAAAACAAUUGUUCAUAAACUAAAAAAAUAAUAACAAAUUAAAUUUAAUAAAUAAAGUGUGAAUUAAAAAUCUAAAAAAAAUGAAUGAUCCAGAUUUUAAUGAAUUGCUGCGAUCAGCAGAACAGCUGGCAGCUACAGUUGAAGGUUCUGGGGAAAUGCCCCAGGUCCAAAGAAAUCUCAGACAACUUGCUGAAGAUUCAGAUGAUCUUUGGUCACGUACAACACAAACUGGAACCCAAGAUGCUCAAGUUCAAGCACAUUUAUUAUUGGGAUCUCGUGGAAUUGAUUUGCCUCAAAUAACACAAAAAUUAAAUUCACUCAGUGCUAGACGUACAUUUGAGCCACUUGAUCCAAUUGCUGAUACAGAUAUUGUCAGUUAUUUAAGAAAUGAAAAAGAAAAUGCUAUUUUAUCAAUUAUUGAACGUGUUCACAAAGACACAUUUGAAUUAAAUAGAGUUCAACAAAUGGAACACAUGCUGGGUGAAUGGAAACAAAUGCGUUUUGAAAUAAUAAAUGCAAUGACAGCACCAUCAGGUGAACUUGUUGAUUUACGUGGUACACCACAACGUACAAAACUUGCUGGUUCAAUGGUCAGUGCAUUGUCAAAUAUUGAAAUAGCAUAUGCUAAAGAGUUACAAAUUUAUAAUGAUCAUGUGUUACGUGGUAUAACACGUCCAAGUUUAUUUAAUAGUUUUUCAAAAGCUGCUGAAACAUUUAAUGAUAAAAAAGUACAAGAUAUGUGGUCAAUGGUUAAAUUUAUGGUUAAUAUACCACCAACACCUCGUGGUGAUCCAAUUAAAUCAAGAACAAGUAGUGAAGUUGAAGAAAAAAUUGUAUCACAAGCAAGAAAAUAUUUGGAAAAUCGUUAUCGUGAUUUUAUGAAUUCAUUGGUUAAUGAAAAUUUAGCACAAGCUAAAAGAGGUGGUAUACCAGGAACCAUACCAUUAGUUAAAAGUUUCAUUGGUAUUAGAGUACAAAAUUAUCGUGAUUUAGAAGAUGUCAUGAUUGAUGAUAAACCAUUAUGGCCACUUGUAUAUUAUUGUAUGAGAGCUGGUGAUUUUAAAGCAGCAUUACAAUGUUUUAAUCAAUGUGGUACUAAUUUUCAAGAAUUUCGUCAAGCACUUGAAGAAGCAACAAAUGAUACACAAAAAAAACCAAGUAAUCGUGGUGAAUCAAUAUUAAAACUUCAUUAUAGAAAACAUGUUAGAUCAUCAACUGAUCCAUUUAAAAGAGCAUCAUAUUGUGCUCUUGUACCAUGUGAUCCAGAUGAUUUACAUUCAGAAGUUAUGUCAACUGCUGAUGAUUAUUUAUGGUUAAAAUUAUGUCAAAUACGUGAUUCACAAAGUGACUCAGAACAUAAAUUAACACUUGAUCAUUUACAAACAACAAUAUUAGAAAUAUAUGGUGAAUCAUAUUAUCAUGCUCAUGAUCAACCAUUUUUAUAUUUUUCAAUGUUAUUUUUAACUGGACAAUUUGAAGCUGCUAUUGAAUUUUUAGCACGUGGUGCUGGUGCUAAAAAUCUUCCACAUGCUGUUCAUCUUGCUGCUGCAAUGCAUGAACAUAGUUUACUUGCACCAAGUCAAAGUGUAUUAGCACCAUUAAUAACUGUUGAUCCAGCAGAUAAACCACCAGCAAAAAGAUUAAAUCUUGCUAGACUUAUACUUUUAUAUGUUAAAAGAUUUGAAUCAUCUGAUCCAAAAGAAAGUAUACAUUAUUUAUUUUUAUUAAAAUCAAUGAAAGAUCCAAAUGGAAGAAAUAUGUUUGCAUCAUCUGCUGCUGAAAUGGUUGUUGAUGCAACACCAAAUAAUCGUGCAUUACUUGUUGGUAAAAUUGAUAAAGACAGAAGAUUACCAGGUGUACUUGAUCAAUUUCAAGUUAAUACUGAUGAUGUUAUUAAUAUUUGUGCACAAACAUUAAAUAGAAAAGGUCUACUAGAAGAUGCUGUACAUAUGUAUGAUCUUUCUGGUAAUCAUGAAAAAGUAUUAACAUUAAUGUGUACAUUAUUAGCACAAGUUGUCAGUCAAAAAAGUACAACUGGUUCAUUAAGAUCAAGAUUACAAACAAUGGCAAAUGAAAUUAGUUUGAGAUAUCAAGGUAUUCCUAUUCAAGUACCAGCUGAAUUAAUUGCUGGUUUUUAUACAUUGAGAGAUUUAAUGGUAUUUUUUGAUCAAUUUCAUAAUGAUCAACAUCAAACAGCUCUAAGAACAAUAUCUGAUUCAAAAUUAUUACCAUUACAAAUUAAAGAAGUUGAUGAAAGAGUUACUGCAUUAAGAAGAGUAUCACCAGAAGUUGCUGGUGCAUUAUCAGAUGUUUUACUUGCAACAAUGACAAUAUUAUAUCGUCAAUAUCAAAAAAUGAGAUCAAAUGAAUCUGGUGAUGAGUAUGCCAAGGAACAACAACUCAGAGAUCUUAGAGAACAUGCCAGGGCACUUACUAGUUUUGCUGGUACAUUACCAUAUCGUAUGCCAAAUGAAACAAAUAGCAAACUUGUACAAAUGGAAAUUUUAAUGCACUAAAAAUACACAACAAUUUCAUUUUCUUUCCAUUUUUAUACUGGCCAACAUUUAACUUUUAUAUAAAUUAUAAUUUAAAUACG